AGAAGACAAAAUAAUGAAAUACUAUUACGUAUUAAAAUUAAAUACUGGUAAAUUCUUAAUUCUUCAUUCGUGUCCUAACUCCUAACUCCUGAGGUGAGGUCCGUGUUUUGUCACAGAUGUUCUGCAGAAUAAACUUAUGGUUCGAGCUGAGACGACCGAAGACAGACUGAACACAAAUGUGGUUUUCACUGAAUAAGGCGGGAACGGCGAUAAUAGUUUCACGUCAAAGACCAUAAACUGCUGAUCUCCUGUUCAUAGCAGUGAAUUCAGAGCAUUUUCUCAUUGGACUUAAAAUUUCUGUUUUUAACCAUGCCAAUCUCGGAGAAAUCAUCUUCGUCCCGGUCUUUGCGGUUGUCAUCAGUGGCGGCUCGGGAUAUUGAUCCAUUGUUAAAGGAUUUAAAUGAAAAGAAGCAGAGCUUCAGGCGCAACGUGGUGUCAUUAGCCGCAGAGUUGAAGGAGGCGCGGAGCCGCCUUAUAUCACAAGAGCAAUCAUUUGCCAGAGAAACCCUAACAAGACAGGAAGCAGAGGUUAAAGCCAGGAACAUGGAAGAGGAAAUUGAUAGGUUGCAGAAGAGAUUGGAGGAGAGAAACAAGCGACUUCAGGCUUCAGCCUCUACCACAGAGAAGUAUUUAAAUGAGUUAGAUAAUCUUAGAACACAGAUCGCAUCAACUAGAGCGGCUGCUGAGGCAAGUGUUGCAUCAGCUCAAUCAGCAGAUCUCCAAUAUGCAGAACUUGUAAAAGAAUUAGAUGAGAAAAAUUGUUCUCUGAGAGAGCAGGAGGGUCGUUUCAUUAGGAUGGGAGAGCAACUAGAUAAUCUCCAGAAGGAUCUUCAUGCUAGGGAAUCUUCACAAAAGCAACUGAAAGACGAAGUUAUGCGGAUUGAGCAAGAUGUCAGGGAAGCCCUUGCGAAAGCGGGAGCAAACAAGAAUUGUGAACUGAGGAAAAUAUUAGAUGAAGUUUCCCCUAGGAACUUAGAGAAGAUACACGAGCGUCUGAUUGUUAAGGAUGAGGAAAUAGCAAAACUUAAGGAUGAUAUCAAGAUUGUGUCGUCUCAUUCGAAGUUCAAGAUUGAGGAAUUAGAAUCACAGUUAGAGAAACGGCGGUGUGUUGACCAGGAGCUGAAGAAGAGGAUGCUGAAACUGGAAUUUUGUCUGCAAGAAGCCCGUUCUCAGACACGAAAGCUUCACAAGAUGGGAGAGAGACAGGACAAAGCAAUAAAAGAUCUGAGAGAUCAGUUGGCAGCAAAACAACGAAGUGAAGUGGGUGCAGAAAAGCAAAACCAGAACUUCUGGGAAAGCUCAGGAUUCAAAAUUGUGGCGUCCGUGUCCAUGUUGAUCUUGGUGGUAUUCUCGAAGCGGUAGUUGGGGGUGUUCAAGUUCUUACCGUUAGGAAAUAAAUCAAAUAAUUCUUGUACAUAGAUUUAAGGAGUGCAGGGAAGUAGGAGAAACCAUUUUGCUGGUAGAAAUACUGUUUGAUAUAUAAAAAUAGUUUAGCUCUAGUUUACACUCCUAACGAGUUUUGCUGUCUGUCGUAAAAGUAAAAUGACGUCUAAUUAACUGUGCUUGAGGCUGUGGUUCGCCGUACUUGUUGGUUGUUUAAUGCAUACCAGAGGCGGUGGACCAAUAUGAUUUAUUAGUUAUUACUGUAAUCAUAACUUGGCGGAAUACUAUCACCAAGUAAUUGAUGCGCGUCCUCUUGGAGCGUUAAUUUAUUUUACUGGCAGAUGAGUCGUCUGCUUCAUAAAAGUUAGUCAGCUGUUGUGAUAAUUUUGGCCCUGUUUUCUGCCUUUUUGAGAACUCGAGCAAGCGUUCACUUCACAAUUAGCAACCAACUUC